AUGACAGAGACGGCGCCAAGCAGGCCGCGCGAGCCGGAGCCGGAGUCGCUGUUCACCCGUGUGGUCAAGGCCUACACCUAUGUGGCCAUCUGGAUCGCGCUGAGCGGGGUGGUGAUCAUGUUCAACAAGUACCUGCUGGCGUACCGCGGCUUCCCCUACCCCAUCUCCCUCACCAUGUGGCACAUGUUCUUCUGCGCCUCCCUGGCCAUCCUGCUGGUGCGCACCGGGGUGGUCAGCUCCAUCUCCAUGGACCGAGAGACGUACAUCAAGGCUAUUGUUCCUAUCGGUGCCUGCUACUCCAUCACGCUGUGGGUGGGCAACGCCGCCUACCUCUACCUCAGCGUCUCCUUCAUCCAAAUGCUCAAGGCGCUGAUGCCUGUGGCGGUGUUCACCGUGGGCUGCGGCUUCGGCACCGACAAGUACAGCUGGCCUACAAUGAUGAACAUGAUCCUGGUGACGAUCGGCGUGGCGGUGGCCUCGUACGGCGAGCUCAACUUCAACAUUGUGGGUGUGGCCUUCCAGCUGGCCUCCAUCUUCUCGGAGUCGGUUCGCCUGGUGCUGGUCCAGAUCCUGCUGCAGUCGCGCGGCCUGAAGCUGAAUCCGGUCACCACCCUGUACUACGUCGCCCCCUGCUGCUUCUGCUUCCUGCUGAUCCCCUUCACCCUGCUGGAGGCGACCAAGCUGUCUUCCGACCCCAACCUGGACAUCAACCCCUUCCUCUUCAUCACUAACGCCAUGGCCGCCUUUGGCCUCAACAUGGCUGUCUUCCUGCUCAUCGGCAAGACGUCUGCGCUGACGAUGAACAUCGCUGGCGUGGUGAAGGACUGGAUGCUGAUCGGGCUGAGCGUGUGGAUGUUCAAGGCCGCGGUGACAGGCCUCAACCUGUUUGGCUACUUCAUCGCCUUCCUGGCCGUCUGCUGGUACAACUACCGCAAGCUGCAGUCCAUGAAGGAGGCCGCCAGCCUUGCGCCAGUCAAGGACCAGCAGAUGGCGGAAACCGUGCCGCUCAAGGGCGGCGACAAGCCAUGA